AUAUAUCUUUUCUCUAUCAUCUUCUUUUAUGCAAUGUUAGGGUUCAACUCAGUUUCAAUUUCCUUUCAAAAUCCCUUUCACACUUCACAUUGAUCACUCUAUUCAACCAUUCCUUUUUCCAUCUCAAUUCCUCUCCCUUUCCACUGCACUCUUCCCGGACACGGUCUACCGCGUCCUAAUCAUUCAGUGGAUUGGAUAAGGUUUUGUUUUGAAAUGGCCUUUGUAGCACAUCAACCUCAGGGUUUGUAUGUGGCACCUUCCACUAGAAAUUUGUCAUGGAACAAAAGAUUGAAGUUGAAGCAGUGUUUGACAAAACAUCACAUGAUUGGGAGAACAAGCCUAUCUAAGCAUAAUGUUUGUUUAAGCGUAGGGCCUCCUUGCUUUUGUGUAUCCAAGAUCAAACCUUUGAGGAUUUCAGGCUUCAAAGGCUUAUCUCAUAAUGAUGAUUCAAGUACAAGGGCUCGUUGGUUGAAGGCACCUAAAACCUCUGUUGGUCUAGAGGAGAGUGGGGAAACUCACAAUGUACCAUUCUCCUAUGCAUCUGAAGCAAGUGAUAGCCUUGCAGCGUCAUCUGCUUCUCACGGGCUCUUCAAGAAAUGGUUGAAAAUGUUGCGCACCCAGUCAUCAUGUCAAGAAGGGGAGGGAAUUUUCGGAAAACUGUUCCCAACAAAUUUACCUGAGGCUGAAACUCUACAAAGGACUCAUAGCAAGGAAAGAAGUGAGGUUUUUAAGGUAGCAUGGUCCCAUUUUCUGGCCCUCGAUCCGGCAAUAAAGAUUCCUUUGUUGAUAUUUGUUCCUCUCUACCUGGCGGUUAAUGUAAAAUAUGGGGCUGAAGUUUCGAAGGAAUUAACUCCUUUAUGGGUUUUCGGGCCACUAAUUUUGGCUACACACAUAAUGAUAAUCCGCGGUCUUUGUGCACUCUAUACCUUAAGCUUCAAUCGUACCGUCAAAGUACUUAGGAAAGUACCCUCUUGGUACAUUUUGGUCAGCAGCUACGUUUUUGGCGGCGGGAUCAAAGAGCAAAUUGCUAUUUAUCUUCUGCGGCCUAUAUCGAGCUUAAAAGAUGUUGAUUAUGUACAGCUAACACGAAGAAUAUUGGAAGUAUUGCAAGAAUGGUUAACGGAAAAGUAUCUUGAUUUUGUGGAAUCAAUAUGGCCACGUUAUUGUCGGAUGAUCAGAUUUUUGAAGUCGUCUAAUCUUAUUUGAGUUUGAAUGUAUUCUUAAAGGUAGUGUUCAGGAAAGUUAAAGGGAGUUCGAUUGGAGGCGGUAUUCUAUAGCAUAGAAAUUUUCCAUUGAGAUGUAGCCAAUCCCAUUUUAUCCUCUGGGGUUUGAGCAAGUUAAUGAUAAUGAGGAAACAAGUUCCUAAUUCAUGUUAUCUUGAAUUGAUUUUGUUCUUAGAUUAGGCUAUAAUUGAUUUUAUCAUUGAAUGGCUGAUUAUGUUUCAACUUUCAAGGUUCUAUAUGAGAUUGGUUCCAUUAUGCAA